GCGAAAUUUUGUAUUGACGUAAAUUUGUGAUGGUUUCGAAAAUUGCUUUAAAUUUGUACUGAAAUAUUGAUAAUCCUAAUCAAACACUAUGACGCAUGUAAAUACUGGAGAUCUGCUUAAUUUUCAAGAUUAUUCACCUGAGCACAACGAACGUAGUGCUCGAAUAGAUGUAGAGGCAGUACACACUAAUCAAUACAACACCAUGUCCACCUCAAACUAUAAUUACGAAGAACCUACACCAGUUGAAGAGCAGGAGACUCAACCUUCUCAAACAGCUAACCACAACUUCUGGACCAUAGAGUAUUAUCAGAAAUACUUUGAUGUGCAAACCAGUGAGGUAGUGGAGAGGAUAAUAUCAUCUGUGCUGCCGCAGAAGGUGUCCCGCAAUUACUUUGAUGAGAGGAUCAAGGGGAAGCCUGAUUUGUAUGGUCCAAUAUGGAUUUCUGUUACAUUGAUAUUCACUAUAGCAGUUAGCGGGAACAUUGCAAAUUACCUGCAGAGCGCCAACAAGGCAGUGCACUGGCGGUACAACUAUCACUUGGUGUCAUAUGCGGCAACCGCCAUUCUCUGUUACGUAUGGCUUGUGCCUCUAGCACUUUGGGCCGCACUCAAGUGGACUUCCACUAAUGAUAAUCAAGAUGAGAUCGAGACACAGGCAUCAAGUUCACCAUCGAUGAUAUCUCUGUUCUGCCUCUAUGGAUAUUCUCUCUCCAUAUACAUACCCGUCGCAGUUCUAUGGACCAUCCAAGUCUCCUGGCUACAGUGGCUGUUUGUGCUGAUGGCAGCUUUCGUUUCCGGAGCUGUUCUCAUCUUUUGGCUUUUACCAGCAUUGAAGAAAUCGAAAUACUUCUUAAUAUUGAUUGGUUCUAUAUUGGCAUUCCACUUUUUGCUAGCGACAGGUUUCAUGUUGUAUUUCUUUCAUGUGCCUGAUACAGCAAGUGCUGUAGCUUUGAAGGUUUUGACUACACUACCAGCAACACAAUUGUAGCCACUUGUAAUUUAUAUACUUAGUUAAUUAAUUUAUAGAAUAGUUAAUAUUGUACUGACGAAUAUUUAUUAAGGCAGAAAUAUAUGUAUUUAAAAAAAUUCAAAAUUGAUUUCUACGUUUCUAUGCUCACUAGGUGUUGCCUAUGAAGCAUGCUUAAUCUGUGCAGUGUACAUAUUAUUAAAAAGAUAUCUUAAGCCAUUUGAACCGAACGGUGGCGAUUAUUCCACAAACAAAAACAUUCCCAAGAAGUGUUGACGUUAGGUAGGCAUUCUGACAUUACAAAUAUACCAAAAUCAAUAGAAGUCUGUGGCAUGAGAGCAAAAAUAAGAAAAAAACCUUUUUUGUUAACACUAAUCCAAAAAAAAACUGUGCUUAUGUUGCAUCAUUGAUAAAUACAUACAUACUACGUACAUAUUUGACGGUCGAUUGUUAAUUAUAAUGUUAUAUCACAAACGCAUCAGAUUUACACGUGAAUCAUCUUCACCCGCUGUAAUUGAUCGUUUCCCACACGUCAUGCGACCUUUGAUAACACAGCAGUUAUAUCAUAUAUGUUGUAUUAGAAAACAAAACGUAAAGCAACAAGGUUUGUAUUCCAUUGCUGUUUACAAUAGCUUUUGGUAAGCUUACUCUUUUCUGCACUCACGUAUAUUCGAUGUAAUUAAUAAAAAUGUUAUUCAUGUAUUAUGUACAUACUAUAAUUAUUA